AACAUUCUGAAGUGCACGAUCGUCUCCAACUUCAAGUUCAGCUUCAAGACCAAGCUACCUACUAGCUAGUGCUCUCGAACAUGGCGCUCAGGGACGCUCAAAGACUUCACAAGCUGGUCUAGACUGACAGUCUUCCUGCCAGGAAGUCAUCUGAGCCUUUCAGUUGAUGGAUUAGAUGUCACCGCUCCCCCCGCACCUCCUGUAGCUACUCUGUCUUAAAGAAGAAGCUGACACAAGAAUGGUCGUGGGAGAUCCUUCAUCCAGCAAGAUUGAGAGAUUUUAGGCUCGCUGAUGCCAGCAUCAAGGUUUUGAACACCUUGGCCCUCCUGCCCCGAUAAUCUCCUUGUAGCAGGAUUACGAGAAACGGUUGCUAAUGGCGUCCAAUCCAGGUCAAAUGGGGACCCCUGCCUUCGGCAACCCCGGCUCUGUUUCUCACAAUCAGCUGACACCAGACGCCUCAGGCCGCGUGUCCCCCAUCCCAUUCCCCGGUUUCACCUCAGGAUCCACCCCCGGGCAUCCCAGCACCCCCGUUCUAGGAGGCAUAGCGCCUGGGUUAGCGCCCGGGUUAGUGACACCCCCCUUUUCCACUGUCACGCCGUCCACUGAUCGCUUGCCGGGGCUCUCGGCAUCCGCUAACCUGCGUGGAUUAACCCCAAACCAGCGCACCCCCACCCCAGGCCUCCCCCCCCGCCCCACCCCGCCCUCCGGCCUCCCCAUCCGGCCCCCUGCAACUGCAAGCCCUCUCGGCACUCCGGCGCUCCGACCGGGGGUAGUGGGAGGCACUCCGAGCAGAUUCUCUACCCCACAAACCGGACCAGCGACUGGAAAGAAGCGGGGGCGGCCCGGGUUAGGAAGCGGGAUCACCGUGGUUAAGACAGCAGAAGCGCUGCCGGCAGCCAAGCGGAAGAAGAAGAAGGCGGCCGAGAAGCAGAUCCCGGAGCGGAUCGCGGCGUUCGUUCCGGAGAGCCGGCUGUACUCGCAGCUGUUGGAACUAGAGAAGCGGGUCGACGCGACGAUCGCGCGGAAGAAGCUGGACAUCCAGGAGGCGCUGAAGAUCCCGCAGCGGACGGCGCGGACGCUGCGCGUGUACGUGUUCAACACAAGCGCGGACCAGCCGGCGGGGGGGCGAAAGAAAGCCGCGGCGAAGAUGGACCCUCCUUCAUGGACCCUUCACCUCACAGGCCGCCUCCUCGCACCCCCGCAAACCCCUCCAAACCCACAAACCCCCUCAUUACUCCCACGCACCGAAGACCCCAAAUUCUCAUCCUUCUUCAAAAAGAUCACCAUCGAGCUCGACAAAGAGCUCUACCCGGAAGAGCACACGAUCGUGUGGGAGGGCGCGCGGGCGGCCGGAGACACUGACGCGUUCGAGGUGAAGCGGCGAGGGGCGCAGGAGUUUGUGGCUAAGAUCACGCUCGAGAUGAACUACGUACCGGAACGGUACAAACUUGCGGAGGGGCUCGCGAACCUGGUGGGGAUCGAAGUGGAUACGCGGCCACGCAUCAUUGCUGCGCUCUGGCAGUACAUCAAGGAGAAGAAGCUGCAGGACGGAUCGGACCCGACGUGCAUCAACGCCGAUGCGCCCCUGCGCGCGCUCUUCGGGCCCGAAGAGAAGCUCAAGUUCGCGGGGCUCGCGCAGAAGCUGACGCCGCACCUCGCGCCCGCGCCGCCGAUCGUGAUCGAGCACCGGGUCAAGCUGGGGGGGCAGAAGCGGACCGCUGACGUGUGCUAUGACAUCACGGUCGACGCCCCGGUGGCCCUCCAGCGCGAGAUGGCCGCGUUCCUCUCGAGCCUCGAGAAGCACCGCGACAUCGAUGCGCAAGACUCCGCGAUCGCGGCCGCGAUUCGGAAGAUCAACGAGCACCGUCGGCGGCGCGCGUUCUACCUCGGCUUCAGCCACUCGCCCGUCGAUUUCAUCAACGGCGUGAUCGCGUCGCAGACGCGGGAUCUGAAGCUCGCGAACGGGGAGACGGGGCGGAGCCUGGAGCGGGAGCGGCGGUCCGACUUCUACACACAGGCCUGGGUGGAGGAUGCGGUUGUGCGAUACCUCAACCGGCGGUUAGCCACUGGGGCGGACAGUCAAGGGGGAACUUAAUGCAGGCCUUCAGCUCUCGUACAUGGUUAUUCGACAAACCCUGAUUGGGGUACUGCAACUUUGGAGUUUGAGCGAAACAUUGAUUUGGUUUUCCGUCCGAUUCUUGUCAGGCUGAUGAUAUCUGAUUUCUCGUGUUUUCACGCCAUGUUUAAACCGGUGUUCGCAUGCAACGGAUUCGAUGGUAGCAAGAGUUAAAGCAUGUGCAAGACAUGUGCUUGUGGACGGACUAUGUAUAGCUAGCGCUUUAGUGUCCUCAUAGUUGAAGCGGC